AUAGAAUUGUUACUCUUCUUCGUUUGAGUAUGAACAUAAUCAUCAAUAGUGCUCUCAUCACUCAUAAGUUAUAACUAAUGACGACAUUACAUGUCUGAUUCAAGUAAUUUAAUUUUCUUGUAGUACAAGUCCACGAAGAUUUAAAUGUAGGUCAUGCGUCUCAUUUCUUUUCUGCCAAAAGGAAGGAGCCAAGAGAAUCGGCUCAAGUGGACACUAGUAACCAUACACAUUCACUCAUUACCUUCCAAGAAAAGAUAAGAUAAGAAAAUUUUCUGCCACGUGGCCUUAUCAUAGUGGUCUGUAUCGAUAAGGGUGUCAACACCUUUCCUUAAUCCUGUGGCAGGUAACGACGUUAUCAUCAGACAUGAAUCCCGCACUCUUUGAUCUAAGGGCUUUAUGCCUCAUGCCGGCCUCACUAUAUAUAGAUGACCAAAGGAAUAGACAAACAAGUAAGUAAGAGAAAAGAGAAAAAGAAGUAGUAAUGGCUUCCUCUAUGCUCUCCUCCGCCGCUGUGGCUACCUCACCGGCUCAAGCCACCAUGGUUGCUCCAUUCACCGGCUUGAAGUCAUCCGCUGCAUUCCCAGUCACCCGCAAAAGCAACACUGAUAUUACUUCCAUUGCAAGCAACGGAGGAAGAGUUAGCUGCAUGAAGGUGUGGCCACCAGUCGGAAAGAAGAAGUUUGAGACUCUCUCUUAUCUUCCUGACCUUACUGACGUUGAAUUGGCCAAAGAAGUUGACUACCUUCUCCGCAACAAGUGGAUUCCUUGUGUUGAAUUUGAGUUGGAGCACGGAUUUGUGUACCGUGAGCAUGGAAGCACACCUGGAUACUACGAUGGCCGUUAUUGGACAAUGUGGAAGCUUCCUUUGUUCGGAUGCACCGACUCUUCUCAAGUGUUGAAGGAAGUGCAAGAGUGCAAGACGGAGUACCCUAACGCCUUUAUUAGAAUCAUUGGAUUCGACAACAACCGUCAGGUCCAGUGCAUCAGUUUCAUCGCCUACAAGCCACCAAGCUUCACCGGUGCUUAAUUUCCUUUCUAAAACAAUCAUAUAAUAAUCUAUACUCAUUUCACUUCCAAUUGCCUGUUUUUAUCCUCUUUGGAUUUCUGUCUGGGACAUUUUCUAUCGGAUUGUCAAAUGUCUGAUUUAUGGAUAUAUAUAUGUAAUUUCUAUA